AUGCCUUCAAGACAGCCAUUUUUAUCAAGUCCAAGCCCCAAAAUAAGCAUAAUUUUGCUUCCAAUCACAGUUUCUGCUUCUUUUAUUACUCUCUUCGCAAUUAUUUAUUUUCUUUACUAUCUGUGGUUCUCUUUGGUUCAUAGGUCACGCACCAGCCCAUUUGAUUCCAGCACACCCUUAAACAAGCUUCAAAGAUUCAGUUACAAAGAGCUCAAGAAUGCAACUCACGAUUUCAGUGAUUCCAAUUCCAUUGGCAAAGGGGGUUCUGGCACUGUUUUCAUAGGCAUUCUCAAGAAUGGAAAGUUAGUUGCCAUUAAACUUCUUGAUUCAAAUUCAUUUCAGUGUGAACAGCAGUUUCAAAAUGAGUUGAAGAUUCUUGGUGGACUAAAAUCUUGCCCUUUUAUUGUUUCUUUGUUGGGUUAUUGUGUAGAGAAAAGUAGGAGGCUUUUGGUUUAUGAGUACAUGCCUAAUAAAAGCUUGCAAGAAUCCUUAUUUUCGGAAUCGAACAAUGGUAAUGAUACUCAUAUUUCGUGCUUGAGUUGGGAGAGGAGAUUUAAAGUUAUUCUUGAUAUUGCAAAGGCAUUGGCUUUUUUGCAUAUUGAGUUGGAUCCCCCUGUGAUACAUGGGGAUGUGAAGCCGAGCAAUGUGUUGCUUGAUUCAGAGUUUAGAGCUAAGCUUUCGGAUUUUGGGUUGGCAAAAUUGAAGCUUGAGGGUGAUUUUGGGGUUGAUUUGUAUAGCCAAGAUUUGGGGAAAAGUCAAGAACUUCUAGGAAACUCUAUCCGAGUUGGAGGUGGAGAGAUUGAGACUCCAGCAACUGGGACUCCGGUCGAGAGCCAAGAAAAUGAUGAGGUAGACUUUGCUCUAGCUUUGCAAGCUUCAUGUUCUUCGAGAAAAAGUUGUAAAAUUUAUCGUAAUGUUAGAGGAAUAGCCUUGAAUUCUUUACAAUGUAAUGGUAAUUCGAGGACUAAGAAUGAUAAUGACAAUAAAGAUGCAAAGGGGAAGGAGGCAUCGACUAAUGAGAAUGGUGGGGAGGAUUGGAAUAAGUUUGUGAAUUACGAGGAUGAAUUGAGUAGUAUGGAUCAUAGCAAGGACUUGAAGUCCAAUGUUGUAUUUGUUGGGGACGUUAGUAAUAGUAAUACACCGGAUGGACAACAAUGGGGAAAGGAUUGGUGGUGGAGACAAGAUCAGAGUGAUGAAUGGUGCAGUAGGGAUUAUGUGAUGGAAUGGAUUGGGAGCCAAAUUUGCCCUUCAGCUAAUCCUUGUUGGAAUGAAGAAACAAAGUGCGGCCAAGAGAACAUUAACUUGGAUAAUUCAAUCCUGUCGGACAAAUUUGAGGAAGUUAAUGAAACCCCGUUUCGAGAAACUGGAUUUGAUUGUCCUAAAGGAGGCAUCAUGAAGGAAGGAUCAAAGAGGUUGGAAGUGCCUACUAAGAACCAUCGGAAGAUGCAAGAAUGGUGGAAAGAAGAGCACCUUGAUGAACUAAGCAAGAAGAGUACUAAGAAGGCAAACAAGCUUGAGAUAAGGAGUAAAAAAGGGUUCAAAUUACGGUAUUUGAGUUUGGGAAAACGCUGGAGGAGAAAUUUUGAGCACAAGAACAAAAAUGUGGAUGAUCCAGAUAUGGAAUUCAGUUUUAGGAAAGGUUGGAAGAAGAAGAAUUCGCGUUCUAUAGGGAGUGAUUUGUGGAGUGGAGAUGUUUUUAGUCGAGAACUAAGCAGCACCACAAGCAUGCGGGGGACUUUGUGUUACGUUGCACCUGAAUUUAGUACAUGUGGAUACUUAAUGGAGAAGGCUGAUAUCUACAGUUUCGGUGUUUUGAUCCUUGUGAUUGUCUCUGGUCGAAGGCCACUUCAUGUACUUUCUUCGCCAAUGGAACUCAAUAAAGCUAACUUAAUAAGUUGGUGUCGACACUUGGCUUAUGCAGGAAACAUAUUAGAACUCGUGGACGAAAAACUGAAGGACGAUUAUGACAAGGACGAGGUGACCUUGUGUAUAAAUUUGGCACUAGCUUGCCUACAGAAAAUGCCCGAGUUGCGGCCGGACAUUGGUGACAUAGUUAAGGUUUUGAAAGGGGAAACGGAACUCCCAGCACCUCCAUUCGAGUUUUCUCCAUCUCCUCCUAAAUUUUUCAGCAGAUCAAGAAGAAAACAUAAGAACAAUGAAGAUUAG